UGGGCUUCCUCCACACUGCUCACAUCCCAUUCUAGCAAACACUGCUGCUGCUGCUUUGGCUGCUGCUGCUCCUCUGCUGUUGCAUUUAAACUCCACGUCUGAGAGGAGGGGAGGAGGAGGAGGAGGAGAGAUGAUGUCUGAUAAGAUGUCCAGUUUUCUGCACAUCGGUGAUAUAGUCUCCUUGUUCGCCGAGGGUUCCGUCAAUGGAUUCAUCAGCACUUUGGGCCUUGUGGAUGAUCGAUGUGUGGUCCAACCAGAUGCCGGAGACUUGAACAACCCGCCUAAGAAAUUCAGAGACUGUCUGUUUAAGCUAUGUCCCAUGAACCGGUACUCGGCUCAGAAGCAGUUCUGGAAAGCGGCCAAACCAGGCGCCAACAGUACCACGGACACCGUCCUUCUGAACAAGCUUCACCAUGCCUCCGACCUGGAGAAGAAACAGAACGAAUCCGAAAACCGUAAGCUACUGGGAACCAUCAUCCAGUACGGCAACGUCAUUCAGCUGCUGCACCUGAAGAGCAACAAGUACCUGACUGUGAACAAGAGGCUGCCAGCCUUGCUGGAGAAGAACGCGAUGAGGGUCACGCUGGACGCGGCGGGCAAUGAGGGCUCCUGGUUUUACAUCCAGCCUUUCUACAAGCUUCGAUCCAUAGGUGACAGUGUUGUGAUUGGGGAUAAAGUGGUCCUGAACCCAGUCAACGCAGGGCAGCCCCUUCACGCCAGCAACUGCGAGUUGGUCGACAAUGCCGGGUGUAAAGAGGUAAACUCUGUGAACUGCAACACCAGCUGGAAAAUCGUCCUUUUCAUGAAAUGGAGCGAUAACAAAGAAGAUAUUUUGAAAGGAGGCGACGUUGUGAGGUUAUUUCAUGCCGAACAGGAGAAGUUCCUGACCUGCGAUGAGUAUCGGAAAAAGCAGUAUGUCUUUCUGCGCACAACAGGACGUCAGUCUGCCACCUCAGCCACCAGUUCCAAGGCGUUGUGGGAGGUUGAGGUGGUGCAACAUGACCCGUGCCGGGGAGGAGCUGGGCACUGGAACAGCCUGUUCCGCUUCAAACACUUGGCCACUGGUAAUUACCUGGCUGCCGAGGUUGGUGGGAAUGCGAUUCCAGAUUACCAGGAAGAGUGUCAAGAGUCGCGUUCAUCAAUGGAUUCUGACCAGGAAGCCUUGAGGAACCGCAUCCGUAGCGCCCAGGAGAAGGUGAUGUACACUCUGGUCUCCGUACCCGAUGGCAAUGAUAUCUCCUCCAUCUUCGAACUCGACACGACCACUCUACAAAGAGGCGACUCCCUUGUACCCAGAAACUCCUACGUCAGGCUCCGACAUCUGUGCACCAACACUUGGGUUCACAGCACCAAUCUGCCAAUAGAUAAAGAUGAAGAAAGGCCCGUUAUGCUCAAGAUCGGCACUUCCCCAACUAAAGAGGAUAAGGAAGCGUUUGCCAUCGUCCCGGUUUCACCGGCUGAAGUCAGAGACUUGGACUUUGCCAACGAUGCCAGCAAAGUGCUGGCAUCCAUCGCCGGGAAGCUGGAGAAGGGCACCAUAACUCAGAAUGAACGACGAUUUGUGACGAAGCUUCUAGAAGACUUGGUGUUUUUUGUGGCUGACGUGCCAAACUCUGCCCAGGAUGUGCUGGAGGUGAUCAUCAACAAACCCAACCGGGAGCGGCAGAAGCUGAUGAGAGAGCAGAACAUCCUGAAGCAGAUCUUUAAGCUCCUUCAAGCACCAUUCACUGACAGUGGUGACGGACCCAUGUUGAGGCUGGAGGAGCUGGGAGACCAGAGGCACGCUCCUUUCCGCCAUAUCUGCAGGUUAUGUUACCGGGUCCUCAGGCACUCACAGCAGGACUACAGGAAGAACCAGGAAUACAUUGCAAAGCAGUUUGGCUUCAUGCAGAAGCAGAUCGGGUAUGAUGUGCUGGCCGAGGACACCAUCACAGCUCUGCUCCACAACAACCGCAAACUCCUGGAAAAGCACAUCACGGCGGCCGAGAUCGAAACCUUCGUCAGCCUGGUCAGGAAAAACCGAGAGCCGAGGUUUCUGGAUUAUCUCUCGGACUUGUGUGUGUCCAACAACACGGCUAUUCCCGUCACCCAGGAGCUCAUCUGCAAGGCCGUGCUCAAUCCAGCCAACGGGGACAUCCUCAUCGAGACCAAACUGGUCCUGUCCCGGGUGGAGUUUGAGGUGGAGAACGGUGGGGAGAGCCGGCUGGAGGUGGGGGAGGACGAGGAGGUCUGGCUCUUUUGGAACGACGGCUGUAAAGAGCUACGCAGCAAGAGCAUCCGUGAGUUGGCGCAGGAUGCCAAGGAGGGUCAGAAGGAAGACCAGGAGGUGCUCAGCUAUUACAGAUACCAGCUGAACCUCUUCGCUAGAAUGUGCCUGGACCGGCAGUACUUAGCUAUCAAUGCAGUGUCGGGGCAGUUGGACGUGGAUCUGAUUCUCCGCUGUAUGUCUGACGAGAACUUGCCUUACGACCUGAGGGCUUCUUUCUGCCGCCUGAUGCUACACAUGCACGUAGAUCGAGACCCCCAGGAGCAGGUCACCCCAGUCAAGUACGCCCGCCUGUGGUCAGAAAUCCCUUCGCAAAUCGCCAUUGAUGACUACGACUCCAGCGCGGCCUCGAAAGACGAGAUAAAAGAGCGCUUCGCGCAAACCAUGGCGUUUGUGGAGGAGUACCUGAGAGACGUGGUCUGCCAGAGAUUUCCCUUCUCCGACAAGGAAAAGAACAAGUUGACAUUCGAGGUUGUGAACUUGGCUCGGAAUCUGAUCUACUUUGGCUUCUACAGCUUCAGCGAUCUCUUGCGGUUGACCAAAAUCCUACUGGCCAUCCUGGACUGCGUGCACAUGGCAACCAUCUUCCCCAUCAGCAAGAUGGUGAAAGGAGAUGACAGCCGAGGCAGCAAUGUUAUGCGAUCCAUUCACGGAGUGGGAGAGCUGAUGACCCAGGUGGUCCUGAGGGGAGGUGGGUUUCUGCCUCUGACCCCCAUCGCGCCCCAGGACGGGACCACCAAGCCGCAGGCCGAGCCAGAGAAGGAGGACAUCCUGGUGAUGGACACCAAGCUAAAGACGAUCGAGAUCCUUCAGUUUAUUUUGAACGUCCGCUUAGACUAUCGAAUCUCCUGCCUCCUGUCUAUAUUUAAGCGAGAGUUUGAUGAGAGCAACGCCCAGACCGUAGACUCGCCACCGAGUUUAGGAUCCUCUUCCUCUGAGGGACCCAGCAACGUCCCAGGCACGUUAGAUUUUGAACACAUCGAAGAGCAGGCAGAAGGGAUCUUUGGUGGAAGUGAGGAGAACACGCCCUUGGACCUGGAUGACCAUGGUGGUCGGACGUUCCUCCGGGUCCUGCUGCACCUCACCAUGCACGAUUACCCCCCACUUGUCUCGGGCGCUCUUCACCUCCUCUUCAGACAUUUCAGUCAGAGGCAAGAGGUCCUUCAAGCAUUUAAACAGGUCCAGCUGCUGGUGACGAGCCAGGACGUGGAGAACUACAAGCAGAUCAAGGCCGACUUGGACCAGCUGAGGCUGCUGGUGGAGAAAUCCGAGCUGUGGGUCUUCAAGGGGCAGGUUUCGGACGAGGGCAUGGAGGGGGGCGACAGUGUGCCAAGCAGCAACGAGCUGAAGAAGAACAAGGAGGGUGACUUCACGAAGGGCCAGGCUCCCGGUUCGGAGGGGGCGCCCACGAUCGAAAGCACCAGCAGCAAAAACUACCGAGUGAUAAAGGAGGUGCUGAUCAGGCUCAGCAAGCUGUGCGUGCAGGAAGGCUCGUCUGUCAGGAAGAGCCGGAAACAGCAGCAGAGGUUACUGCGGAACAUGGGGGCUCACACCGUGGUCCUCGAUCUGCUGCAGAUCCCGUACGAAAAGGCUGAAGACCUCCGAAUGCAAGAGAUAAUGAAACUGGCCCACAAGUUUCUGCAGAACUUCUGUGCUGGCAACCCGCAAAACCAAGCCCUCCUUCACAAGCACAUCAACCUCUUCCUCACUCCCGGGAUCCUGGAGGCUGUGACCAUGCAGCACAUCUUCAUGAACAACUUCCAGCUGUGCAGCGAGAUCAACGAGCGGGUGGUACAGCACUUUGUCCACUGCAUCGAGACCCACGGCCGCAACGUGCAGUACCUCAAGUUCCUGCAGACCAUCGUCAAGGCCGAGGGCAAGUUCAUCAAGAAGUGUCAGGACAUGGUGAUGGCCGAGCUCGUCAACGCCGGCGAAGACGUCCUGAUCUUCUACAACGACCGCGCCUCGUUCCAGACUUUGGUGCAGAUGAUGCGCUCCGAGCGGGACCGGAUGGAUGAGAACAGCCCCCUCAUGUACCACAUUCACCUGGUGGAGCUGCUGGCCGUCUGCACCGAGGGCAAGAACGUCUACACCGAGAUCAAGUGCAAUUCCCUGCUCCCACUGGACGACAUAGUGAGAGUGGCCACGCACGAGGACUGCAUCCCCGAGGUCAAGAUCGCCUACAUCAACUUCCUGAAUCACUGCUACGUGGACACAGAAGUGGAGAUGAAGGAGAUUUACACAAGCAACCACAUGUGGAAACUCUUUGAGAAUUUCCUCGUCGACAUAUGCAGGGUGUGCAACAACACCAGCGACCGAAAGCACGCGGACAACAUUCUGGAGAGAUACGUCACCGAGACAGUCAUGAGCAUUGUCACCACUUUCUUCAGCUCUCCCUUCUCUGAUCAAAGCACCAGUUUACAGACUCGCCAGCCUAUCUUCGUGCAGUUGCUGCAAGGCGUUUUCAGAGUCUACCACUGCCCCUGGCUGUCCGCCACACAGAAGGCGUCUGUUGAGAGCUGCAUUAAGGUGUUAUCUGAAGUGGCCAAGAGCCGAGCCAUUGCCAUCCCCGUGGACCUGGACAGCCAGGUCAACAAUCUGUUCCUCAAGUCCCACAACAUCGUGCAGAAGACGGCCAUGAGCUGGCGUAUGUCCGCCCGCAACUCUGCCCGCCGCGACUCCGUCCUCACCACCUCCAGAGAUUACCGCAACAUCAUCGAGCGAUUGCAGGAUAUCGUGUCUGCCCUGGAGGAUCGGCUCCAUCCCCUGGUCCAGGCCGAGCUCUCUGUGCUCGUCGACGUCCUCCAUCGGCCCGAGCUGCUUUUCCCCGAGAACACGGAAGCCAGGCGCAAGUGCGAGAGCGGAGGAUUUAUCUGCAAGUUGAUCAAACACACCAAACAGCUCCUGGAGGAGAAUGAGGAGAAGCUGUGCAUCAAAGUCCUGCAGACCCUGCGGGAAAUGAUGACCAAAGAUCGGGGUUAUGGCGAGAAGCUCAUUGCGUUUGAUGAUGAAUUGGUGGAAGUGGCUGAGGAGCUUGAUCAAAACCUACCUCAGAAGCAACUGGAGGAUCAGAAAAGGGGAGAAGCUCUAAGACAGAUCUUGGUCAAUCGUUAUUACGGCAACAUCAGGUCAGUGGGAAGAAGAGACAGCCUCACCAAUUUCCACAAUGGUCCCUUGGCACCAGGGGGGAUUAACAAAUCCAUCGAAAGAGCAGGCGGAUCAGGCUCCGGGACCUUGAGUCGGAGUGAGAUGAGCCUUGCGGAGGUGCAGUGCCACUUGGACAAAGAGGGAGCUUCCGACCUCGUCAUAGACCUGAUCAUGAACGCAACCAGUGACCGGGUUUUCCACGAAAGCAUUCUGCUUGCAAUCGCCCUGCUGGAGGGCGGCAACACCACAAUCCAGCAUUCGUUUUACUGCCGUCUGACUGAGGAUAAGAAGUCGGAGAAAUUCUUCAAGGUGUUUUACGAUCGCAUGAAAGUGGCUCAGCAGGAGAUCAAAGCUACAGUCACCGUUAAUACCAGUGACCUCGGAAACAAAAAGAAGGACGAUGAUUCUUCAGAGCGAGACGUGCCUGUGCGGAGAAGAGCCAAAGACGCCACGCCCCAGCUCAGCGACGAGGUCAGGGAGCAGCUUCUGGAAGCUUCCUCCGCCACCCGCAAGGCGUACAACGCCUUCAGGCGGGAGGCGGACCCCGAGGAUCACUUCACGGCCACCGACGGAAACCCCGCGGCCGGCGAAAAGAACAAGGAGGACGGGGAGAUGAGCGCCGUGAUCGCCAUCAUGCAGCCGAUUCUGCGGUUCAUGCAGCUGCUCUGCGAGAACCACAACCGCGACCUCCAGAACUUUCUGCGAUGCCAGAACAACAAGGCAAAUUAUAACCUGGUGUGCGAGACCCUUCAGUUCCUGGACUGUAUCUGUGGCAGCACCACAGGCGGCCUGGGCCUUCUGGGGCUCUACAUCAACGAGAAGAACGUGGCCCUCAUCAACCAGACCCUCGAGAGCCUGACCGAGUACUGCCAGGGUCCCUGCCACGAGAACCAGAAUUGCAUCGCGACUCACGAAUCAAACGGAAUUGACAUAAUCAUCGCGCUGAUCCUGAACGACAUCAACCCUCUGGGCAAGAAGAGGAUGGACCUGGUGCUAGAGCUUAAGAACAAUGCUUCCAAACUGCUGUUGGCAAUAAUGGAGAGCAGGCACGACAGCGAGAACGCAGAGAGAAUAUUGUAUAAUAUGAGGCCUAAAGAGCUGGUGGAAGUGAUCAAGAAGGCGUACCUGCAAGGCGAGGUGGAAUAUGAGGAAGUGGAGAAUGGAGAAGAUUGCGCGGCGUCUCCGAGGAACGUGGGGCACAAUAUUUACAUAUUGGCUCACCAGCUCGCCCGACACAAUAAAGAGCUCCAGCAGAUGUUGAAGCCCGGUACUCAGAUGGGAGAAGGAGAUGAGGCUCUGGAGUAUUACGCUAAACACACGGCUCAGAUCGAGAUUGUGAGGCAGGAUCGCACCAUGGAGCAGAUUGUCUUUCCCGUUCCGAACAUCUGCGAGUUCCUGACCAAGGAAUCCAAACUGCGUGUCUACUACACCACCGAGAGGGACGAGCAGGGCAGCAAGAUCAACGACUUCUUCCUGAGCUCCGAGGAUCUCUUCAACGAAAUGAACUGGCAGAAGAAACUCAGAGCGCAGCCCGUGCUCUACUGGUGCUCCCGCAACAUGACCUUCUGGAGCAGCAUCUCCUUCAACCUGGCCGUGCUCAUGAACCUGCUGGUUGCGUUCUUCUACCCCUUCGAAGGUGCCCGCGGAGGUACUUUGGAGGCCCAUUUAUCAGGCCUGUUGUGGACAGCGGUGUUAAUCUCUCUGGCCAUUGUGAUCGCUCUUCCCAAACCUCAUGGUAUUCGGGCCUUGAUAGCCUCCACCAUCCUGAGGCUUAUCUUCUCGGUGGGUUUGGAACCAACGCUGUACUUGUUGGGAGGAUUCAACGUCGGUAACAAGGUCAUAUUCCUGACCAGUUUUGUGGGAAAUCGAGGGACGUUUACUCGAGGGUACAAAGCAAUGAUCCUGGACGUGGAGUUUCUAUACCAUUUGGCGUACACGAUGGUGUCCGUCAUGGGACUAUUUGCACACGAGUUCUUCUACAGUUUGCUGCUCUUUGACCUGGUUUACAGAGAGGAGACUUUGCUAAAUGUCAUCAAGAGCGUGACCCGAAACGGUCGCUCUAUCAUCCUGACCGCAGUCCUGGCUCUCAUCCUCGUCUACCUGUUCUCCAUCGUGGGAUUUCUCUUCUUCAAGGAUGACUUUAUCCUGGCUGUGGACAAGAUCCCAAACAAAACUCACUGGGCAGAAGAUGCCACAUCCGUGGUGAAUGACUUUCUGAUGGCGGACGUGUGCAGGCUCGGCAACGGAGAGAACUGCUCAACUUCCACCUCUUUGGAAAGUCACGAGAGCGGAGCGGACUCAGAGCACACCUGCGAGACUCUUCUGAUGUGCAUUAUCACUGUGCUCAGUCACGGGUUGCGAAGCGGGGGCGGAGUGGGCGAUGUACUCAGGAAACCGUCCAAAGAGGAGCCACUCUUCGCUGCCCGGGUGAUCUACGACCUUCUCUUCUUCUUCAUGGUCAUCAUCAUCGUCCUCAACCUGAUCUUUGGUGUCAUCAUCGAUACGUUCGCUGACUUGAGGAGCGAGAAGCAGAAGAAGGAAGAGGUCCUGAAAACCACCUGCUUCAUAUGCGGCUUGGAGAGAGAUAAAUUUGACAACAAGACCGUAACGUUUGAAGAGCACAUUAAAGAGGAGCACAACAUGUGGCAUUAUUUAUGUUUUAUCGUCCUGGUUAAAGUCAAGGACUCCACUGAAUACACAGGGCCUGAGAGUUACGUGGCAGAGAUGAUUAAGGAGCACAACUUGGACUGGUUCCCGCGCAUGCGAGCCAUGUCUCUGGUCAGCAGCGAUGCCGAGGGGGAGCAGAACGAGCUGAGGAGCCUGCAGGAGAAGCUCGAGUCCACCAUGAAGCUGGUCACCAACCUGUCCGGCCAGCUGUCAGAGCUGAAGGAGCAGAUGACGGAACAAAGAAAGCAAAAGCAACGAAUCGGGCUGUUAGGACACCCUCCCCACAUGAACAUGAAUCCACAGCAGCCGGCGUGAACUGAGGUGGGGAAUCUUCCGUUUGCCCUCUAUUAUUCCUUUCUCCCUCCCUCACCUCCCUCCCUCCCUCCCUCUCUCCUCCUCCUCCUCCUCCCUGCUGCCCUAGAUACAAACCACUGCGAGAGACGGAGAGAGAAAGAGAGAAAAAAAUAGAACGAAAUGGACGCUCUCAGGAUCUUUCACCCGACUACUGAACCAGUAUAAGUCAUCGAAAUGUUUACUCGUUUUGCACCAUAGGAAUAAGCGACACUUUUUAGUCUUGAAGGUUUUUUGCUUGUGUCUUAACGGCAUUUCCGAUAGAUCAAUUUACCCCCCUCCCCUUCCCUCUCCCACCCACCCCAACCCACCCACCCCAUUCACUAGCAUUGGCACAUUUGCUUCCACUGUUGCCAAAGCACACUUUACUUUUUAUUUUAUUUCUUUGUAGUCGUCGUUGUCGUGUGUUUUGUUUGGUUUCGUUUAGUUCGAGGAACCAACCGUCGAAAUGGGACCGUUUUAUUUUGUAUGUACAGAAAAAAAUAUAUAGUUGUGUGAGCAGUAUUCAGUGUCUUAUUUUUGUAAGUUGACCUGUGCAAUAUGACUAACGAAUAUGCAAAUCCUCUACUAUAACUUUGCAUCUGUAGACGAGCACUGAAAUGUACUAUCUGUGAAGAACCACAUUGUCUUUUGCUAAAAGAAUAUCCACAUGUUUAUUUUCCUCGAAGCUGACAUAAAGACGUACGGAGGGAGAGAGAACUAUUUGUAUAUUUGCUGCCUUAGUCUAGUUUUGUAUAAGUACCUCGGUUUGCAGAUGGCAGACCUACAUUCGUGACCGGAACUGCAGUGUUAACGACCGAGUAAAUAUACACAUUAAAAGCACUAAUAGUAUUAUAUAAGUCAAGCUUGAUAUUGACCAUUGUAAGAUCCAUAAGAAAAGCUAUUUAAUAAAUAUAUGAA